AGCCUGUCCUCUCUGGAAACCCAGGUCUGCCUGUGUCCAGAGUCUGUGGUCACUGAGCCUAACCUCUCUGGGCAGCUAGGUCUGCCUGUGUCUAGAGCCUGUGGUCACUGAGCCCCCCUCUCUGGACAGCCAGGUCCACCUGUGUCCAGUUCCGAUGUCCAGGCUGUGGUCACUGAGCCUGUCCUCCGGCAAUGUUUCUCCUGGCUGCCGCUCUGGCGAGGUGCACGGCCCGGGUGGUGUUUCUGUCUCUUUAAAGAAUCCCGCCCGGCGCGCCCCCCAGCAGCCGGGCCCGGCGGUGACGUCAGGCGGGAGCUGGCGAGCCGCUCGAGGCAGGAGCGGCGGCAGCAGCAGCGGCGCUGAGCGAGGAGGGGGGGCCGCACGGAGACGCGCACUCGGCCGGCCCGCGACCUCUUCUCUCCUUCAUCAUCCUCUUUCUCCUUCCCCUUCGCCAACACCCAACCGACCCCCAGGUCGCUAUUGAAAUCCCCCCCUCACCACCACCACCCAACACCAACAUUUCACGCCACGCUUCCCAGGAGCCGAGGUCCUCCGCCAGCCUGCCCGGACCAGCCGGAAAGAAAAACUCGGAGCGAGAGAAAGUUGCCGUCCGCGACAGACGAGCCCGAGCCCCCUGUCGGAGUGGGUUUUCCUCGCGUGUCCCGGACUCCUGGAGCCGUUCUGAAAACUUCGCUUCGCUUGGAGCCCUCCCCCUGUUGAAUUGAUAUCGUGUUGGUCUUUUUUUUUUUGCUGAUUGGUACUUUUCCUGCGUCUGUGGACUGUUUUUAUUUUUUUGCUGUUGUCAAAGGACACAGCGCCCCCACCCAGUCUUUUCCUGCGGUUUAUUGAACAACCCCCCACCCCCCCCUCGCAGCCCCGAGUGCCGCGGCCCGGCCCGUCCGAGUGUGAUGAGAGGGGUCAGUACCACGGUCGGAAAAGGGGGGAGGACCAGAAAAGUUUUAAAUUCCCGUUUCGCCUGUUUUCUGGAGCUCGACACGUAAAAAGAGAAACAAGCGGCCGGACAUGGGCAGUGUACGCGUGGAGUAAACCUCCGACACGCAGGAACAGGAGGGAAGCCGGCUGUGGCUGCGCCUCGCCUCGCCUCUCUCUCGUGAUUUUAAAGGAUUUUUUUUUCCUCUUAUUUUGCACUGAUCCGGAGACCCCGCCCCAACUCAGGAUGGCAUCGGCCUCGGUGAAGGUGGCAGUGAGGGUGCGACCUUUCAACUCCCGUGAGACGAGCCGCGACGCCAAGUGCGUCAUCCAGAUGCAGGGCAACUCCACCUGCAUCACAAACCCCAAGCAGCCCAAAGAUGCACCCAAAAACUUCACAUUUGACUACUCUUACUGGUCCCACACCACGCCAGAGGACCCCCAGUUUGCCUCCCAGCAGCAGGUGUACAAGGACAUUGGCGAGGAGAUGCUGCUGCACGCCUUUGAGGGCUACAAUGUCUGUAUCUUUGCCUACGGGCAGACGGGCGCUGGGAAGUCCUACACCAUGAUGGGCAAACAGGAGCCAGGGCAGCAGGGCAUCAUCCCUCAGCUCUGUGAGGAUUUAUUCAAACGCACAAUCGAGAACAUCAGCCCAGACCUGUCAUAUUCCGUGGAGGUGUCAUACAUGGAGAUUUACUGCGAGCGCGUGCGUGACCUGCUGAACCCCAAGAGUCGUGGGAACCUACGUGUUCGGGAGCACCCCAUCAUGGGUCCCUAUGUGGAAGACCUGUCCAAGCUUGCGGUCACCAGCUUCUCCGACAUUGCUGACCUCAUGGACUGCGGCAACAAGGCCAGGACCGUGGCUGCCACCAACAUGAAUGAGACGAGCAGCCGCUCUCACGCGGUCUUCACCAUCGUCUUCACACAGCGGCGCCACGACCAGAUGACCAGCCUGGACACUGAGAAGGUCAGCAAAAUCAGCCUGGUUGACCUGGCAGGAAGUGAAAGAGCUGACUCUUCAGGGGCAAAGGGCAUGAGGUUAAAGGAAGGAGCCAACAUCAACAAAUCCCUGACCACUCUGGGCAAGGUCAUCUCUGCGCUGGCGGAAAUGCAAAGCUCCAAGAAGAGGAAAUCAGACUUCAUCCCUUACAGAGACUCUGUUCUGACCUGGCUGCUGAAGGAGAACCUGGGAGGGAACUCGCGCACGGCCAUGAUCGCUGCCCUCAGUCCAGCAGACAUCAACUAUGAGGAGACGCUCAGCACUCUAAGGUACGCUGACCGUGCCAAACAGAUCCGCUGUAACGCUGUGAUCAACGAGGACCCCAACGCACGGCUGAUUCGGGAGCUGAAGGAAGAGGUCAACCGACUGAGGGAGCUGCUGUUCUCCCAGGGGCUGAGCACUGAGCUCAUCACUGCGGCUGGGACUGAAGCAAAUAACAAUCGUCUGAUGCCGGUGGGUGUGAGUGGUGCCCCCUUCAACUCCAGCGAGGUGAUCGAUGACAGUCUGUGCCAUGCGCAGGAGCAGGGCCUCGACUCUGACCCCCCCACUGGUGACCUCAGUGCUGACAAUGGACAUUCGGAGACCUUCUCUGGCAUCGAUGAGCCAAUCACCAAGGAGGAGGCUGUGGAGAGACUGAAGGAAACAGAGAAGAUCAUUGCUGAGCUGAAUGAGACGUGGGAGGAGAAGCUGAGGAAAACGGAAUCCAUCAGGCUGGAGAGGGAGUCCCUCCUGGCGGAGAUGGGCGUGUCUAUCAGGGAAGACGGAGGGACCCUGGGAGUGUUCUCUCCGAAAGGGACACCGCACCUCGUCAACCUGAACGAGGACCCCCUGAUGUCGGAGUGUCUGCUGUACUACAUCAAGGAGGGGGUGACCAGGGUGGGACAGAAGGAUGUGGACAUCCGCCUGAGCGGCCAGUUCAUUAAGGAGCAGCACUGCAUCUUCUACAGCCGCGUCAACGACAACGGGGAAGUGGCAGUCACGCUGGAGCCGCUGGACGGAGCGGAGACAUACGUCAACGGGAAGCAGAUCACUGAGCCCCUGAUCCUGAAACAAGGGAACCGCAUCGUGAUGGGCAAGAACCAUGUGUUCCGCUUCAACCACCCUGAGCAGGCCCGCCUGGAGAGGGAGCGCAACGCCAGCCAGGACCAGCAGGGGGAGCCAGUGGACUGGAACUAUGCCCAGAAGGAGCUGCUGGAGAAGCAGGGCAUCGACAUCAAACUGGAGAUGGAGAAGAGACUGCAGGACCUGGAGAGUCAGUACCGUCGAGAGAAAGAGGAGGCUGACCUGCUCCUGGAGCAGCAGAGACUGUAUGCAGACUCGGACAGUGGCGAUGACUCAGACAAACGCUCCUGUGAGGAGAGCUGGAGGCUUAUCUCUUCGCUCAGGGAGAAACUUCCUGCCAACAAGGUCCAGUCCAUCGUGAAGCGCUGUGGACUGCCCAGCAGCGGUAAGAAACGGGAGCCCCUGCGCGUUUACCAGAUCCCCCAGCGCCGCCGCAUCAGCAAAGACCCCAAGUGGGUGACGCUGGCCGACCUGAAGAUGCAGGCGGUGAAGGAGAUCUGCUACGAGGUGGCGCUGGGCGACUUCAGGCACUCACGGCAGGAGAUCGAGGCCCUGGCCAUCGUCAAGAUGAAGGAGCUGUGCCGCAUGUAUGCCAAGAAGGACCCGCAGGAGAAGGAGACCUGGCGGGGGGUGGCGCGGGACGUCUGGGACACUGUGGGCAUCGGCGAGGACCGGGGUGGCGGCGGCGGCGGCGAGGAGGGAGGCGGAGGGGAGGGAGGCGGCAAGGCGGACGUGGACGACCUGAAGGCGCACAUCGACAAGCUGACCGACAUCCUGCAGGAGGUCAAGCUGCAGAACAACAUGAAGGACGAAGAGAUCCGGUCGCUGCGGGACCGCAUGGUCAAGAUGGAGAGCGUCAUCCCGAGCAUCGGAGGGCAGGACGAGGAAGGCGAGGAGGACUUCCUGCACUACGAGGGCGAGGGCGAGGGUGAGGGCGAAGGGCGCAGCGGGGAGGAGGAGGACGGGGACAGGGGCAGCGCGUCGUCUCUGGACGACCUGUCGAAGGACGAGCGCGUGUCCCGGCUGAUGGAGGAGGAUCCGGUGUUCCGGCGCGGGCGGCUGCGCUGGCUGAAGCAGGAGCAGGCGCGGCUCCAGAACCUGCAGCAGCAGCAGAUCACCAAGCGUCUCCGCAAGGGCGCCGGCGCGGGCAGCGGGCCCUGCCUCCCCGGCACGGGCCGCUUCAUCCCCCCGCAGGACUGCAAGCUGCGCUUCCCCUUCAAGAGCAACCCCCAGCACCGCUACUCCUGGGACCCCAACACGGCCUUCAUGCUGGGGGGGGAGGAGGCCCCGCCGGCCGACAGGCAGGCUGAGAGCGAGACGCAGGGCCAGAGCGAGAGCCAGGCUGGCGAGGGGCUGGCACCCCCUGCCCCGGGGCCCGCGCUGGGCAGUGUCCCCACGCAGAUGCCCCUCCUGACCCUGCCCUUGCCGCUGCCCCUCCAGAUGCCCUUGCCGAUGUCCCUGCCCAUCAUCAUGCAGCCGGGCGGCAACAGCAGCCCCAGGAUGCGGACACCCAGCCCCCAGAGAGCCUGGCAGCAGCACCAAAGAUACCCUGGCAACGGCGGUCACCACGGUAACCACCAGUACCACCAUCCCGCCCAUUACCGGAGGAACUCCCUGGACAGCUCCGGCGUGCCCAGUCCCAGCUCGGGCUUGGUGCCCUCCCCAAACACCCACGCCAACCACAACCACCGGCCCAGGUACCGGCGCCAGUCCUCCAACCCCAGCCAAGAGCGGGAGCCCUCUGGGUACCACCAGAACCGGGACGGCUACUACCAACAGCACCGGCAGCAGCAGCACCAGCGCAAGUCCGGCUACCACCACCACCCCUAUCACAGCCACGCCCAGCCCUUCGCCCAGCUCUGCCACCCUCCCCGGGGCGCCCCCGACGGCGAGUUCCCCGGCUACGGCCGCCAGCACAGCCCGCAGGAGAGACAGGGCGGGGGGAGCCCCAAGUUUCAGGGUUACACCACCCCCCCAAGAAUGCGGCGCCAGUUCAGCGCCCCCGAUCUCAAGAACCGGGAGACGCCAGUCUGACACACCGCUCUGGAGUCCUCCAGGCUCGCCUGCCGGUGUUGCGGUUCUGAACGGUUUUCUCUCUCCUCUCCUUCCCUUGUCGCCUCCUCCCGCUCCCUCUCCUCCCUUGCUGCCUGCGGUUCCUCCGGUUUUGUCUCUGGGUCGAUGUCCUUGUGUUGGGGGCCGCUGGCCUGCCGGGGCGCUUUUGCUUCCCAACCCUCCCAGUCGCUCGGGCUUAGAGGCAGUCCGGACCGCCAGCGGCUUCACCCAGAUCCCCAUCGGACCCUGCGUCGUGGGCUGCGGCCGCUAGGUGUCCGGGACCCAGGGUUCCGGGUUUCCCCUCCCUCUCCAGGACGCUGCACCGUUCCCGAGCUUCGGAAGCUGCCGGUAAUCUGUGUCUCGGAGAUCCAGGAGUGCGCCGGGAGCAGUCUCCGGGACUGUCGGUGGGGAGGUCCGGGGAGCUGGCUCUCUGGGGGGAGCUCAGACCAGGUGCCUCCCGACAGACCAAGACCAGGACCCUUACCACUGAACACGUCCACUAACGCUCUCCAGCCCCUUGUCUGGGACCGGCUGCAGGUCCUUCGCGCUCUUGAUGUACCAAAGCUCCACUGCGGAAGCACUUUACAGGCAGAGGACUUAUUUCUGGGGGGGCUGGGGCCUGGGGGUUGGAAGACGUGCCACUCACACUGAGACAAAAUACAUUCAGUGCUCAAACACUAGGUUUUUUUCAGUUAAAAGGGGGGUAAUUGUGUUUUACUGUGUUUUCCCGUGACGUAAGGAACACUACAGGGGGGAGGGAGGGGGGGGACUUGGUCUUUUUCCGAGGGAAAUUGACUUUUUUUUGUUUGCUUUUUUUGUUUUGGAUCACUGCCAGAGGUUUGGAACAGUGUUGCAGAAAGUUACUUUUCAAAAGUAAUUCAUGACAUUUACAAAGUGUGUAUUUUAGUUAAGUGGACGCCUUGAAGCAGUAAUAUAUCGAAUAAUUCUUUGUAUACUACACAGAUUACUUGACACCCUGCUGACUUUUAAAGUUAUGCUUCCCUUCAGUCCUCAUUUAAAAAAUUAAUCCCUUACAUGAGGAACUGUAUUGGAUUGCUUUUUAAAGUAACUUUCCCCUGCCCUGGUUUUAAAGCCCAUUUUAUGGGGGGGGUGCAGAUGCCCCCUUGUGGCAGUUUGUGUGAAGAGCAGUGCGAGUUGAACUUUCCUCCGGGUGUGUGCAGAGGGAGGCUUUCUUGUACUGUAGCAACACGGUCGAAUCUUUACACUGCUUUUACACAUGGUGAGGGGAGUUUUUUUUUGCCUGGGUUGACAUCGAUCAAAUCCGCCACAGCCGAAACAGUGAGGACAACAGCAGUGUGCCGAGUGGGCUGAAACUGGGGCCUGCAGUGACCCCUGGUUUGCUUUUUAACGAUGAUGAUCAAAUCAUUUUAAGGCUUGUUUUAUUCUUAAGGCUGCUAACGUGAGACUGUUGUGAGAAGUGAAGAGGACACCCUGCUGGGGCUUACUGUACCAGUCUGGUCGCUGUGGGAGAGAGUCGCUGGUGAGAGCUGGAGGCCGAGGAUGAGGAGUUUGGUUUGAGGAUGAGUCUUGGGUAAAUGUGGGCGUGGUCCAGUAAGAACUAUUCUUCUAAUUAGCAGGGAGGCAAGUAAAGAUGCUAGGUGGAUCAGUCAUAUUGGGAAGCCCAGGGCAAGCUUUUUUUUGGAGCCUGGUAUGGCAGAGACACCUCAUCCUCUCCUGUGCAGCAAAGGAGUACAGUGUCAAGCCAGGAGUAACGACUGGUGAUUUCUGGACUGGAUGCAAGUUCAGUAACCCAAAGCUGAAGGGACAGGACAGCAGGCCUCACCUGGCUUGGUACAAGUACUGCAAGUGACCACCCAUUACCCUGAGUCCCUGCUCUCACACACCAUCCUCUGCCAGUGUCAUUGACUCAUUUUCAGUUCUUGUCCACAGAGCCUGACAGGAGAGUGAGGACUGUGCACACCCUCCUCUGACACCCCCUGUCAGAUCACUCACCCUGGGACUCUGCACAGAGC